UGCCCGUGGUCAGACGUUUGCCGUGCCGCCGCUGUGCGCCUCUAGCAAGAGCCGUCCUGCCCGGCAGUGUAUCACCACUUUUCACUAGUAGUAGGCGGUAGUUGUAGUGCACAGUUGUCACAAUCGUCGUUGUCGCGUAUUAUAUUCGAUCGCGAGCCCGCGCGUGUGACAGACUUUUAACAACUGACCCGCGUUUUUAUUUUUGUUCGUUGUUGAUUUUUUUUUUUUUUUAAACGUCGUUUUAAUUUCUGAAUAUAAUUUUUUAUAAUUUUUUUUUUUUUUUUUUUUAUCAAAUCGAGUGAAAUAAUAAUUUUCCACUUUGCCGUCCCUGCGGCAAACGGCGUGCAGCCUGCAGUCAUAUCGGUAUUAUACUUUUAGCGCGUUCAAAUAUACACUCGGUUUUCAAUAUUCUGUGCGCCACGAAAUCACGAAACGCGUAGUGUGCCUAGAGGGAUACGACAUUGAACAAAUACGCGAUAAAAAGCUACAAAACGUUCCGGCCGAAUAUUAAUUAUUAACGUCAUUCCGCCGCCGGCCGCCGCUGCCGCCGCCGCAUGUGGAGGUUACACAUGCGGCGGAAUCGGCGGCCGCCGCAGAGGAGCCCACCGGCGGGACGGCGAUCUCUUCGUUGCCGUUGACUCGCUCGCCGACUAUCCCGCGCUGCACCGCCGUCGGGCACCACCGGCGCCAGACGCCGCACACGCCGAGAUGACCAGCACCACAGCCACCACGAUCACCGCUGCCAGCAGCAGCAAAUGGGUAUGGCGGCCAAGAUGGACCGAGUGGACGACGACUUCGUGGUGUCGUCCGACGUUCUGCAGCCAUCGGGAGGUCCACGACGACCGCGAGCCCGUCGAUCCAUCACUACCCGCCGGCCGAUCGAGGCCGGUUCGCCGACGUGCAAGCCAACGGUCGUCGUUCGCGUCUUCCAAGUUCGCGCUUGCGAUUGUUUCUAUGCUGAUGAUGUUGACCACCGUGGUCGAGGACGCCCGGGCACUGGGAUUCUUCGAGCUGCAAAUAUUGGAGAUCGAAAAUUACCGUGGCCAACUGGCCACAGGCGAGUGUUGUGGCAGCGAUUCCUCGUCGUCCGCCCAACAGCAGCCGUCUUCAGCACAGCGCAACACGCUGCAAUGUACCGGCGCACCGCAAUGCAACACACUAUUUCAGGUGUGCUUGCGCGAAUACCAGAGCCGACACCAGCAGCAACAGCCGUCGGGUAGUUCGUCCGCGUCGGCUGGCAGCAGAGUGGUCAUAGGUGACGACGAAUCUUCGUUCAUAGGUUCCAAUCACCACCAAACCCCAAACUCGCACCUGCACCACUGUUCCUUUGGCAACGUCACCAGUCCCGUCCUCGGCGGCAAUUCGUUUACGCUCGGCGGUGACGCCGCAGCGGCAUCAUCAGACACCAAUUCGCCCGCGGACUUCAGCAACCGAGGUGCAGCCGGCGGCAACUUGGCAUUACAGUUUACGUUCAGCUGGACCAGAUCGUUUACGUUAGUAUUGCAAGCAAUGGACUACAACAAUUACACGGGCUUGACUUCCGUUAUCGAAGAGGCCACCUAUUCCGGUAUCCUAUUGCCCGGCAACGAGUGGAAAGCUUUGUCGUACCUAGGCCAUACUGCUCGCAUGGCGUAUCGAGUGCGAGUCAGGUGCGAUCGCAACUACUACGGACAAAAUUGCACAAAACUCUGUAAGCCCCGCGAUGACCGAUUCGGCCAUUACACCUGCGGUGAUACGGACGGCCGGAAAGAGUGCAUACCCGGCUGGCAGGGCGAUACGUGUGAUAUAGCCGUGUGCAAGACCGGAUGCCAUCCCGUACACGGAAAGUGCGAGUCUCCCGGAGAUUGCGAGUGCCGGAAAGGUUGGCAGGGUGAGUUGUGCGAUCAGUGCAUGACGUAUCCUGGAUGCAAGCACGGAUAUUGUAACGGAACUUCUUGGCAGUGCAUAUGUGAUGUGAACUGGGGAGGCAUUUUAUGUGAUCAAGACUUGAACUAUUGCGGCACCCACGAACCGUGUCUGAACGGAGGGACGUGCAAGAGCACGGCCCCGGACCGGUACACGUGCACGUGCCCCGAAGGGUUCGGAGGCGCCAACUGCGACGUGGUGCUGAACCCGUGCGCCACCGAGCCGUGCGCCAACGGCGGAAAAUGCCGCACGGUGGACGCGGUCACCUCGACGGUCGGCGGUGCCGGUGGAGCCGGUCCGGGUCCGGCUGCCGGGGGUGCACCGACGUUCGGCUCCGCCGCUCAAUCCGCACCACUACUGGUACCCAAACAGUUCCACUGCGAUUGUCGGCCCGGUUGGAUGGGCAGCACUUGCAAUACAGAAAUUGAUGAGUGCGCCACUCAACCACCCCGGUGUCUAAAUGGAGGAUCGUGCAUUGACCUGGUGGCCGACUGGCGUUGCGCGUGUGCGGACGACCGUUGGCGUGGCCGUCGAUGCGAAAUAGACGUAGACGAAUGCGAGCGACAGCACAGGGAACGGCAGACGGCGGUGAUUGAGCAGCAGUGUGGUCCAAAUGCCGUGCCGUGCAGAACGACAGGGGGCGGAAGUAACGUUGCUGUGACUACAGAAUGCGUGUGUCGAAGGGGUUGGACGACCGCGGCAUCGAUGACGGCCUCUAGGGAUGGCCACAAUGGAACUUUGGCAUGCACCGUGAACGUGGACGAUUGCGCCGGACCAGACGUGAAAUGCGCCAAUGGUGGAACUUGCUUGGACUUGAUUGGAGGGUACGCUUGCGCGUGUCCAGUCGGCUUUACUGGUCGGAACUGUAGAACUCAAAUCGAUCCUUGUGGCGGUGACGGUGAAUCCGGAGUGGCUGGCAAUGGGAAUCCUUGCAAAAACGGUGGCGAAUGCGUGCCGUUGCGACGUUGGCGCAGCGGAGGAGGGAGUGGAUUGUCUGCCAAACAGCAACAGCAGCAGCAGACUUAUUCAUGCAUAUGUCCACUGGGAUACUCAGGAGAAAACUGUGAGAUUGACAGGGACCAUUGUACGCCAAACCCAUGUCGGAACGGCGGCCAGUGUUUGAACACACCCGACGAUUAUUACUGCCAGUGUAGCGGGGACGGUUGGUCGUGGCACGGCAAAAACUGUACCGUGCCCGCCGACGUCGCCGGAGCCGGAGCCACCAGGUCGACGGCCGUGACCACGACGACCACGCUGACCACGAGAACCACGACCACCACUACCACGACGGCCGCACCGACCACUACGACCACGACCAGUAUUAGACCACCAUUGACGCCACCGUUGCAGCGUAGCACCGCAAUCACUCCUGUGGCCACUGUGCGUCGACCGGGCGCAGGCGUACCGGGGACGAUGACUUGGCGACAGCAGCAGAAGCAACACGGAGACGGAGACGACGACGCUAAAGCGUCGACGGUAGCGAAUGCGGAUCAACAACAGAACGACGACGACGGCUCGACGACGAUGUGCGGAGGAAGCCGUCACCGGCGCAAGCACUGGAUAGCCGACGACGGUUGCAACGAGUGCAAGUGCAGCUCAAAAUCGUCAGCGGUUGACAACGUCGAAGACAAGUCAGCCGUGAUGUCGUGCACCAACAUGUGGUGUGGACCCGCGACUUUCGACUGUCUGAGCGGUGUUAUGCCUUGUACCGGCACCAACCAGGUGUGCAUACCGAUCGUAGAUGACAUGGACGACGAGGAAUUACUUGACGACGAACUGGACAAACGAGGAGAUUCCGAAGGAACGACCGCCGCGGUGGACAAUCUUCUCCUGUGGCGACAGUGUCUGCGUCCGCCGUGUGGUGGCGUGGACGCUGAUCGUGACAGGGACGACGUUCGUUUGCGUUACGGUUACGACGAGGACGGCGGCAGUCAGGACGACCACAACGCUUAUGUGGCCGUCGGAUCGUGGCCGAGGCGUCGUCGCCGUGGUCAGUGUGCGACCGCGGUGGUGGACGACGGCGACAUGGACGAUGACGACGACGACGACGAUGACGAUGACGGCGCGGCCACUACGGUGUGGCCGUCGGCGGUUCAACACUGUCUGCCCAACGGCGUGGCCGGUGACAAACGUGCGCCUCACCAGCAGCACCGCCACCGGCGCGGUGACGCUUGCGGUCGGUUGCGCGUCACGUUGGACCCGGCGCGUCUGCGGCGCGGCACUCGGGUGUCGGCCGUGUGCCACAGCCUCCGUCGACUGUUGGCCAGGGAAUGGGUGCGCGGCGCCGACGACGACGGCUUGAGCCAAGAGGACGACAUCGAGUACAGGCGGAAUCGAGUGUACGUCAUGUGCGAAGCGGCUGACGAUCAACGAGACAAUAUCGACGAAGACCGAAGCGGCGGUGCCGGUACUGGAAACGGUGGCAACACUCGCCGCCGACGCCGACGACGUCGUGUUACCAUUCGCGUGUCUGUGGCGGUCGUGUCGGAUAAGCAGCGACGGAUCACGGCAACGGGAGCAGAGGACGACGACGUCGAUGUCGCAACGGUCGUAGGACGGGCCGUCCAAACGCUUUACAAACGACUCAAUAGCGGCAAUGUGGGUGGAUCGACAGCGGCUUCAACGAAAAAAAUUCAAUCAAUUGGCCAUCGUCUUCGCCCCACAGUAAACAGCGGCGCCGAAGACUACGAUGACGCGGCGGCUCUGGCGUUCUUGAUCGCGGCCGUAGUCGACGUCACCCUCGGAGGUGGCACAACCGCUGAAUCGCAUUCGACGCCCGUUCCGGCAAAUUCAUCUGGUUCUUCGGACGACGAUUACCGGCAUUACUACUAUUACUAUUGGACGAUUGGCGUGGCCUGCGGAGCGUUGGCCACCGUAUUGGCGGCCGCGGCGUUCCUGUUGUUGCGUUUCCGGAGCAGCGUCCGGAGGAAGUCGAACGCCGAACAAGCGGUGUCGGAUUCGUCGGCCGCCGCCGUGGACCCGUCGGUGCCCGGUGGCGACAGUUUGAUGUUGUCGCUGGUUCGGCGGCAAAACGAAGAGAACCUCAAGCGGUUGGUGACCGGCGGCAAUCGGAUCGCCGUGACGGCCGCCGGCGGCGACUACGGCGGCAGCGGCUGCGGACGCAACAACUUGUCGGCGGGAUCGUCGCUGAGUUGUUCGCGCGUCAGCAUCGUUCAUCCGUUGUGCAACGUCACCUCGGCCGACGACGGAUCUUCGCUGGAAUUGAACGGCAAACAGCAUCAGCCGAACGCUGACGCCGACGGCAUGAACGUUGACGACGAAAAGAGCGGAGAGAAAACGAACGUAGCACCUCCGCCAGUGGCUGCCGUCAGAUCUGUAGCUGUCGCCGCUCCUCGACAACAGCAACAGCAGCAGCAACAGCGGCCUUUGGCCGUGGCAACGCCUCAACCGUUAUUGUUGUGCAAAAAGACGUUGAACGUGGACAACGAACAACGGAGACAACUGCAAUUGAUGCAACAACAACGGCAACAACAACAACAACAACCGAUACACCACCAGCAAACGCCACAACAACAACAACCGAUAAACCACCACCAACAACAACAACUAAUGCAGCAGCAACAAGUGACCGCGGCGCAACAGUACAACCGUCGCAGUCGCGGAGACGUUCACAAUCAACAGGUACUACCUAACCAACAACAGUAUCACAAUCAACAGCAGCAGCAACAACAUUAUACGACGUCAUUAUUGCACUCGUCUGCUCCGGCUAAUAAUAACAGCAACAACAACAACCACAGCUCGGGGGAUGGUAACGACGAGGCUGCAGGUACGCCUUCACUGACCGUUUUGGUGUAGAUCUUGUUGAAACACUGACUUAAAAAAAAAAAUAAAAUGUUUUUGUAUGUUUAAAAAUCAUUAACAUCAAUAAAAUUACCUGUAGUCAUUAUGUAUAAUAUAUAUAUAAAAUAUAUAUUUAUUUUAUAAUGUGUAAUACUCGUAGGUAUACUAAUUUUUUUUAUUUUUUUAUUUUUUUUAUUAUUAUUAUUAUUAUUAUUAUAAUCCUUAUUAUUAUUAUUAUUAUUAUUAUUAGUAUGUUUAAUUUCAUAAAUUUUUUUUUUUAAAUAACUACCGGCGGUACGCUUGCCAUUUACUAUAUACGUAUACGUCGCGUCAUGUAUGUUAGCCUGCAAGCGUGUGUGUUUGGACCUCUCUCUCUAUCUCACUCCUACCCAAGACGCGAGCCUAACUAUAUUUUGUACGUGGACUAUUAAACCACGUUUAUUAUAUUUUUUACUGAUUAUUAUUAUUAUUAUUAAUUAUUAUUUUUAUUAUUAUUAUUAUUAUUAUUAAUAUACAUUUUUUUUUUAAUUUGCAUUAUUAUCUACGGGGAUGAUAAUAACGAUUUUUUCUCUGAACAACAGUUCACAUUUGUAUAUAAAUAUAUAUAUAUAUAUAUAUAUAUAUUAUAUUGUACGCCUCGCUGUGCACGUGCGUCGCGUGUUUGUAUCGAUUAAACUGUAAGAUUUUCAACAAAUAUAUUCUGUUCGUUGAACGACAAGUGCGUUAUCACAUUAUUGUCGUUUACCCACUCUGUGUAAUCGUCCACUGCUCUGUGUAACGAUAAAGUCAAAUAUCGCCUUAGACUACUGUUUUAUGAAAACUUGUAAAAUUAUAAGAAAUAAUAUUGUAGAUCACAAAGAAUGUCGUAGGUUAAACCGAACAAUAUUUGUAUGUAUUUACUUUUCGGCGCGUUUGUGUACCUAUUUUGCCUAUAGAUUACGCCAUGUUAAAAAAAAAAAAUCCGCAAUUAUAAAUCGCUACAUUUAAUAGUGCGGAUAGAGUUAUUUGAUUCAAUUUACUUGUAUUUUUGGUUUAACCGAUGACUUUAUUAAAUACUAAACUAAGGACAUUACUGUUCCAUCAUUAUAUACUAGAUAAACACAAUGACUAUGUUUGUAUGGGUAUAAUUUUCAAUUGAAUAAAAAUAAAACGGAUGUCUUUCAAAA